AUGGCUUACGUCCUUUCUCUAAUGCCCCAGAGUCCUCUGGGCUCUCCCUACGACCAACGAAGUCACGAAAGAUCAUGGUCAUCGUUGGGCAGUACAGGCACCGUUCAUCAUCGCCGUUCAAGACAGCUUUCGGUCGGAUCCUUGACCUCUGCAGUAUCAGUAUGUGGUCCAUCCUGGCGCUCACCCUCAAGCCAUGGCACACCGCUUCGGUCAACAUCUUACUCAGACUUUGAGAACGGAACGUAUUCCACCGCACUCCAUCGUCCACCUGUCUCGAGCAAUAUAUCUCGUCCCGUGAGCGUGCCACCUGCUGUCUCCCGACCCGUACCUGUCGUCACACCUCUGCCAUCUCCGGCCGAGUCAGAACCAAUCCUUGGUACACCUGCUUUGAACUCUGCUUUGGGUUUUGUCGACGAAGAGAGAGGUGGUUGGGAAGAAGGUCAUGCUCUGCUUGAAUCCGACAUCUACGAUAGCUCGGUUCCCAACGUCGAGACCCGAGAUGCCCAAAAUGACACUGGGACAUCUUCUCUGGUAUCCCAACAACCUUUCUCAAGGUGGAUGAACACAUUAAAGCUGAAGAAAGCUUCAUACAAGAGUCGGGUCCGUCCCAAGCUUGAUGCCCUCUUCUCGAAUCAGCCCGUCGUUAUUUCACCGGAGCCAUCUGUCAGGGGCCAUCGCAAGUCAGAAUCGUGGGCUUCAUCUGCCAACUUCGUGACCGCCGUCAAGUCAGCUACCAUGACAGUCGCAAGCGCAAGCAUUGCCCCCUUAUCGAGAUCAGCCAGCAAAAUGUCUGGUCAUCCCAGGCUUUAUCGUGGAAGCAGUGGUUUGUUCGAGCCAGAUCCUCGAUUCUCAACUGACAGUGGUCGUCCUUCCUUGAGCCUCAUGAUUGAUGAUGCUGCUCGUCAGAGAGCGAAGAAGCGUCGAGAGAAGAUCGAGGAGCUGAUCAAGACCGAGGAAAGCUACCUUGCGGACCUGAAGGCACUAAGCAGCGCAUACUUGACAUUCCUGCCUCCAACCUCGCCUUUCUCAGGGGCGCAGACUCGUGCUUCAGCCCGAAGCAGCAUCACCAAUCUACUCCAACUGCACACCGAGCUACUAGAGAAUCUCCACCGAGUUAUACCGUUCUCAGAACAUGACCAGGCGAUCACUGGAAUAUCAACGCCCAAACGCAAGCCUCACCAUGUAAGAUGGCAUAGCGAGGAUUCACUGCCUGUCCGAAGGGCUCCGUUAGCAACAAGUCAUACUGGGUGGUCGCAUCGCUACUCGCUGGACUCGCACAAAUCGCCAAGUCAGGAGCCACAAUCCCUGACUUGUACGCCGACCACAGCUGCUGAUGUUGGUCGCAUUUUCGCGAAGAAUAUCAAGCGGUUUGCCUUGUAUGAAGAGUACAGCGCGAGGUGCGAAUCGAUACAUGAUGAUAUUGAUUUCACUCAGAGGUCAUCCUUCUCUGUCUGGGACUACGACAAAGCUAUCGAGACACUUUCGGCCUCUGUCAACCCUGUCAAAAGUCGAGAAGCGAAUCGCAAAAAGGCACUCAGCAUCAAAGACUUGCUUAUCAAGCCUAUUCAGCGGAUUACUCGCUAUGAACUCCUCUUCAAGGACCUUUGCAGAGUCACACCAUCUUGUGAUGACCCUACAUCACAUGCAGUUCUGGACGACGUUCUCUACCGUCUGGGCGAGACGUGUCGUAACGUCGAUGAUGCCAAGGAUAAUCCAGACAAGCUUCGAUUGAUGGAGAACUCCAGGCUUCUCCAAGAUCGACUCUGCUUCUCGGACAAGGUUCCACGUGAGCUGCUCUUCCAGCGUCUGGGCAGAUUGUCACUCUGCGGCACUCUCUAUAUUGCUUAUCGCAACAAGACCACUUUUCAGGGUUGUUACAUGAUCUGUAUCUUGUAUGAAUCAUGCCUGCUACUGGCUCUGCCAGAUCGUUCCUCGGCCAGGUACAAGGUUGUGGUCGGUACUUCCCUGGCCUCAACCAGCAUCGAGGAGAGCGACAACGGCAAAGGUCUCCAAUGCCACACAGCGCCAUUUACCUGGAAAGUCGUGUUUGGAAGUGCCGGCAAGCUGUACGAGCUGAUUAUGGGAGCUUGUUCCCACAUCGAGGAAAAUGUCUGGAGAGAUCGUCUUGCUGGCCGCAUCGCCGUUGAAGCACAGCAUGUUGCCGAAGGUCAUAGCACUCCCAUCGACCUCCAAUCACCACUUACCAGGGACAUUCGCAGUUUCGGCAAAGCUUAUAGCAAAGCUAGAGGCUUUGUCCGCCGACUCUCAGUCCAGCGCACCGCCACAUUGGGACCAAUGACGGACAGCAAUCAAGUCAUCAUUAUGCAUACCUCGGCUCCCAAAGAUGACCUUAACAACUCUUCCACUUCCUCACUUCCUGGACGAUCGAAAUCACUCCCCACCGCCAGCGGUGUACCUAUCUUGGCACCCAUGCGAGCAGAGAGAAUCAAGGUAGAGGCUGCAUUGUUCGAUGUGUGGACGAAAGACUCGAUUCCAUAUCCAGGAAUGGGCUCGAGGCGCCCUGAGAACAUUUUGAAGGACACGGCCAGUGACCUACUUCGCAAGCUGAGUAUGGCAAGUAUUGCCAGCAACUUCUCAAGACGAUCAAUGAGCUAUACGAGUGUGCACCAGAGCCAUCAGGCAUCGGAGAAGCUUGUCAAGGUCAAGCCAGUGCCACGACCCGACACAAACAAGCCGAAGCGUCCACCUCUUAUCAACUUCCACAAUGCGCCAGAUGCAUUCUUGCCCGAAGACUUUGAACUGCAAGGACCAGAAUCGAAGCGUAGCCGUAGGCUUGGGUUGCGAACAUUGACGAUGACAGACCGACCCCGAUCGCCUUUCUUCUUUACAGAAAACAAGGCGCCCGAGAUCAAGCGAGCCAAUAGCACGAGACAGCCACGUACAUCAGCGGAGGCAGAGGUCAAAGCUGAGACCGUGGAAGAACUGGGCAGGAAGGACAGCUUGCGACCACUUGCGGGCAACGUCGGCGUCACAGGGAUGAGCGAGGUGAAGGGUGAGACGAAGCCUGUGGAAUCUGAUGUGAUAAAAAAGAAGAGACCAAGACUCUUGAGGUAUCUGACCAGCAAGUCUCGGGUUGGUGACGAAUGA